AUGUCUUCUGAAAGAAUUGGUUCCGGCAAAACUUUAACAGGACAAUCUCGCGAAAUAGUGUACAAUGUUUUUAACUAUUUCAUGCAUCAUCAUAAUAAAAAAAUGAUGGUGGAGAGUUUGACAUCAGAGGUGACUGGUGUUUCUCAGAGAAGUGUUCGACAAGUUGUUUGUGAAGUACACAAUCAAGUUAUAGCGGCUAUUAAAGCGUCAACAUUACAACAAUCUACCUCAGGAGAAGGAGAUCCACCAGCAUCUAAAGCAUUGCUGCCUCAAGUUACUUUUAGAAAAAUAUAUUCAACUUGA